AAUUUCCUUCCUCCUUUCACUUGCUCUCUCGCUUCACCAGAGAGACGUUAAUGGCGGAGACAGUAGCUCUUCCGCGCCCCUCUAUUUUCCUCAGCUUCUCAAACCCACGCGCGUGGCGAUUCCAAAAGCCUAAAUCUUCCCCAUCAUCUGGCUCUUAUCUCCUCUAUUCCUCACGCUCUACAGUGAAGCUAAUCCCCCUGAAUCUCCGGAGAUUCCGCUACAAAAUCUUUGCCGUCGCGGAGGAAGAGGGAAGAUAUGGACGGCGGGAAAGGGGGAAGAGAGGGAGGAAAAGACGGCAGCUUUGGGAAGAAUUAUUGGAGGAUAAUGUUGAAGAUGACGAUGAUGAUGGCGGUGGUGGUGAUGAUAGUGGUAAAAUUGAUUUAUGGAAGAUCUUAGAGGAGAUUGUAGACAAUGUCUGGAUACUAAAGGCAUUCAAGUCGUAUGGAUAUCUCCUCCCCUUCAUCCUCUUAUCGCUGUUUUUCAGCACCGGGCCCAAAGCUUUCCUCAUAUCACUAGGUGUAGCGAUCGGACCAUCACUGUUGUUUUUAGCGUUCCAGAAGUUAAUUGGUUGGGAUAAACGUAGACGAGCAUCAUCUAUGGGAAAUCAAUUUGGGUUAGAGAUGGAAGAGGAGAGGAGGAGCAGAGUUAGGUACAGACCGUCUCAGGUCAGAAACAGUGUCAACGAACCCCGUGGUUCAGCUGGAAUGGCUUCUAACUUUGGUGGGUGGGACGAGUUAGAAGAGCCCGGAACCGUUCCCGAGCAGCCAAGAAGCGAACCGAAGAGGAAACCGAUGAAGAAGAGGAAGAAAAUAAGAAGAGAAGAUACAGCAGCACAACCAUUAUUGUUGAGAUUGUUGGUGUCUUUGUUUCCAUUCUUGAGCUCUUACACAAACAUGCUCAAAUAAAAUAAAACCAAACAAACAAUCCUCUAAACAGAAACAAACUAAUUUUUAAAUAAACCAAACCAGACCGGUUAAGUAUAGCUGAAAAAG